UAGUAUCAGUCAUCAUAUAUAAUAUAUGUGGCUGACAAUUCUCAUGUCCCUGUAAUAUAUAAACACACACAGUACCAAAUUAUAAUUUAUUAGACCGACUCAAGAAAUAAAAUGGAUAGAGUUGCAGGAAGAAAACUAUGCAAAAUCCGUUCGCAACUUUAUAAAUCUCGCUACUGCUUCCUCAAUUUCAUUUACUUCUUGUCCUUUUCUUUUUUAGGGUUCUUGGCACUCAAGGUCUCUAAGCCAAGAACCACUUCACGUCCUCAUAACUUGGACACCUUCUUCACUUCUGUUUCUGCCAUCACAGUAUCUUCCAUGUCCACUGUCGACAUGGAAGUCUUCUCCAACACCCAACUUAUCAUCCUCACUAUACUCAUGUUUAUCGGUGGCCCGAUCUUCACCUCCUUUCUCAAUCUCUACUUGUCCCAUUUCACUAAAUUCGUCUUUCCUCAUAACAAGCUUAGACACCUUAUCGCCUCUUUCAAGGCAGACCAUUCGAUCGAGGAUCGCCGUCUUGACCAGGAAAAUGUUACUCAUCGUCACGAGAUUCCUAGCCAGAUCAAUGAAAAGGCGUCUAAGUGCUUGUACUCGGUGGUUAUUGGCUAUCAUCUUGUAACAAACAUAGCUGGCUCUAUGUUGCUUCUUGUGUACGUAAGCUUUGUUAAAACGGCAAGAGAUAUUCUUCGUUCCAAAGAAAUAUCACCUCUCACCUUCUCUAUCUUCACAACUGUAUCGACUUUCGCAACAUGCGGAUUUGUUCCCACGAAUGAGAACAUGAUCAUCUUUCGCAAGAACACGGGUCUCCUCUGGCUCUUAAUCCCUUUAGUAUUUAUGGGGAACACUUUGUUCCCUUGCUUCUUGCGGUUGCUAAUAUGGGGAUUAAGUAAGACCACAAAAUGUGAGGAGUUUGGUUUUAUUCUCAAGAACCGCAAGAAGAUGGGGUACUCUCAUCUAGUCUCCGUUCGUCUUUGUGUUUUCCUAGGAUUGACGGUGUUAGGGUUUGUUUUGAUACAACUUCUUCUCUUCUGCAUCUUUGCUUGGAACUCGGAGUCUCUUUCAGGAAUGAAUUGGUAUGAGAAGUUGGUUGGAUCGUUGUUUCAAGUGGUAAACUCGAGACAUACUGGAGAAACAAUUGUCGACCUCUCCACACUUUCCCCUGCUAUUUUGAUACUAUUCAUCCUCAUGAUGUACCUUCCCCCAUACACUUUAUUUAUGCCGUUCACCGUAAAAGAGAAGAAUAAAACAGAAAAUGAUUCCGGAUAUGAAAAGGAAGGAAAGAAAAGUGGGCUCUUUGUGUCACAACUUGCCUUUUUGGUGAUAUGCAUCUUUCUCAUUUCUAUCACCGAAAGGCAAAACUUACGACGAGAUCCACUCAACUUCAACGUUCUUAACAUCACUCUUGAAGUUAUCAGUGCAUAUGGAAAUGUGGGGUUCACGACCGGGUACAGCUGUGAACGGCGCUUGAACGUCGGUGAUGGUGGCUGUGAAGAUGCAGGUUAUGGGUUUGUAGGAAGAUGGAGUUUCAGUGGAAAGAUCAUACUAAUAGUAGUAAUGUUUUAUGGUAGGCUUAAGCAGUUCACAGCCAAAUCUGGUCGAGGGUGGAUACUUUAUCCCUCGUCUUCUGACAUAUGAUAUAUAAUUAAAAUAAAAUAAAUCUUGUAUGUCUCUUUAUGGGUGAUUUACUAUAUAAGCUUUCGUAUAGUUUGCAACUUUGCAUAGAUCGUUGAUAUCAGAAAAGUUAAUGAAAUAAUGAAAAAACAAUGCAUGGAGUCCAAUAUCA